AUGCUGAUGGACGCCUCCCGCGAUGAACGUCCCGGGAUCCGCAUCGCCUACAGAACGGACGGUCGUCUGCUGAAUCAAGGGCGCAUAAACUUCCAAUCGCACGUAUCUACAACCACCGUCCACGAACUUCUCUUCGCCGACGACUGCGCCCUGAACACCACCUCGGAAGAGGAGAUGCAGCGGAGCAUGGACCUGUUCUCCGCCGCCUGCGAGAACUUUGGGCUGGUCAUUAACACGCAGAAGACAGUGGUGAUGCACCAACCGCCACCCAACUCAGCCACAGCCCCCAACGCGCCGCCGCCUCAAAUCAGCGUGAACGGAACGCAACUGCAAGUGGUGGCGAACUUCCCGUACCUGGGCAGUACCCUCUCGCGCAACAUCAAGAUCGAUGACGAAGUCGCCAACAGGAUCUCGAAAGCCAGUCAAGCCUUCGGUCGCCUCCAAAGCACAGUUUGGAAUCGUCAUGAUCUCCAACUGAGCACGAAGCUGAAGAUGUAA